AUGGCGGCCGUGCGGGCGGCCAAUUGCCCGGAGGGAUUCUUCUCCUCGGGAUCGGAGGCCUGCCAGCCGUGCGACCCAUCAUGCAGCCAGUGCGCCAGUGCCAGCUCCUGCCUGGCCUGCCAGCCGGGGCUGGUGUUCUUGUCGACGGACCCGGCCGUGCCCAGCCUCUGCACGGCCACCUGCCAGCCGGGGCACUAUGCUUCGCACGUGGGUCGGUGCCAUGCGUGUGACUUCGGCUGCAGGGACUGUCGGGACAAUGGCUUCGAGUGCUACGAUUGCCUGCCGACCUUCGGGUGGAAGGAGACGCUGUUUGUCGGUGGCUCGGGCAAGGUGGGCCCCUGCGAAGAGUGCCCGCCGGAUUGCGUCACCUGCAGCCGGGACUUCGGGGGAUUCAUUUGCCACACCUGCGAGCCGGGCUUCGGGCUCGAUGAAUUCGGCCGGUGCUUGGCGAUCGCCCAGCGGACGGGGGCCUGGUACGACUCGUCGUCCGGGCGGUUCCUCUCUUGCGCGCCGACAUGCGAGACAUGCGUCGGGCCCUCGCCGCAAGAGUGUCUCACGUGUGUGGCAGGCUUGACGCUGGAGGCGCUGCCGGGCAGCCCGGUGGGCAGUUGCGCGGGAGCAUGCCCGCCGGGCAGGCUGCCGGUGCCGGAAAUCCCGGGGCUCUGUGCUGCCUGCCACGAAUCCUGCAGCCUGUGCUUCGGGCGGUCGUAUGGCCAGUGCUGGGCUUGCCAUGCGGGUCAUGUGCUGUUCCAUGGGCGGUGCUUGGCUGCAUGCCCGACCGGCUACUACCCGAUGGGGGGCCGGUGCGAGCUGUGUCACCCCUCAUGCGGCCAGUGUGACGGGCCGCUGGACAGCAACUGCCUGGGCGACUGCCCGGGGAGCAUGCUGACGCUGGCCGGGCCGGAGGACGGCAAGCGGCGGUGCGUUGCCCAGUGCCCGGCCGGGCGGACCGUCUGGCCGGAUGGGACGUGUGCCGAAUGCGGGGCCCACUGCGACACGUGCCGGUUUGUGGAGGGCCCCCCGGACGGGCCGCCAGUCCAGUGCAUCAAGUGCGCCGAGGGGUGGCUGCUGGAUGUGGCCACCGGCGAGUGUGUGGCACAGUGCCGGCCGGGGUCGAGCCGUGUCGGCACCGAGUGCUACCAAUGCUCGACCGGGUGUGCCGAUUGCCUGGGCACCAGUGGCCAGCAGUGUGUCCGCUGUCAGGACAGCCAUCCGCUGCACUUGUCGGAUGGAUGCCAUGCGACCUGCCCGCCGGGGACCUACCAGUCGGGAGGCUCGUGCCUGGCGUGCUACGCCCUUUGCGGGACGUGCUCCGGCCCGGGGGCCAGCCAGUGCACCGGCUGCCGCGAUGACAAUGUCCUGACGAUGGAUGGCAAGUGCGCGGGGGCCUGUCCGGCGGGGCAGUUCGCCCGGCGGGACACGCCCCAGGGCCCGGGGGUGUGCCAAGCGUGCGGGCCCAUGUGCGACAGCUGUGCCGAUGGGGACUGGUGCUUCGCCUGCCAGGAUGGGGCCCUCCUGCUGGAGGGGACCUGCCGGACCGGCGGCUGCCCCGAGGGCUCGGCCCUUUGCCCGGACUCGGAGCGGUGCAUUUCCUGCGGCGAGGGGUGCGGCCAGUGCGCCGGGUACUCCUCCGGCGAGCAGGGCACCUGCCGGCAGCGGUGCACCCGGUGCCGGGACUCGUUGGUGCUCUUCCCCGAGGAGGGGGUGUGCAGGGGGAGCUGCUCGCCGCGGGGCAUUCUCCUGGACCAGGCGAAGGCCGAGUGCGCUGCCUGCCGGGAGUCGUGUGCCACUUGCCACGAGGAUGUGGCCUGGUGCACGUCCUGUCGACAUGGCGACCAGUGGCUGAUGGUGGCCACCGGCCGUUGUGAGGACGCCUGCCCGGAGUCCGGGCACAUGCGGGUCAUUUCGUCGGGCACCGGGGAGCUCGCGCCUGGCCGCAUGUGCUUCGCCUGUCCGGAGGGCUGCGCGGCGUGCAGCACCUCCAGCGACGGGUCCGACGUGUGGGCAAGCGAUGCGGGCUCGUCCAACCUGCGGGACGCGGCCGAGUGUGCCAUCAGCGGCAAGGAUGGCUCGCUGUCAUGCCCUUGGCAUGUGGUGUGCCAUCGUUGCCGAGACCCGUUGCUGCUCUUGCUGGAGGAUGGCACAUGCGUGGCGAGCUGCCCGGCCGGGACUUUCGCCGAUCGUGGCCGGGAGCAUGUGCCUGUGCCGGCGUGUGUCCGGUGCCAGGAGGGCUGCGCCGAGUGCACUGGCCGGGCCGAGGAUCAGUGCCUCCGCCAGGACAGGGGAAAGGAUUCCCGGGGCCUGGUCAUUGGUCUGGGCGUGGGCAUGGGCAUCUUGGCCCUGCUCCUUGUUGGGGGCCUGGUGGUGGGGUUCCUGGUGCUGCGUGCGCGCAAGUCGUCCGGGUCCAAAGCGGGCCCCAAGGGUGAGAUACUGACAUUGCGCGGGGCAACACCCUCGAUCGCGGGUGGCCGUCGGUCGCAUCGGAUCGUCGGGCUGCGGCGUGUCCGGGUCGGCCGCUUGACUAUGAUGCGGGGCAGAGUCCGUCCCUAUGAGUGCCAUGCGUGGGACGGGCCCGGCUUUGUUCUUGAUGCUAACAGCCCGCUGCGAUCUUCCAUCUAG